ACCGACGGGACCCCUAGCUAGCCUAGCACUCGCUCCGUUCCAAUUAACACCGACGCAGGAGCACGUAAGUUGAGCGGAUAGAACGUACACACGUGGGCUCUUUCUCCAAGCUCCGGCCGAGCAUUUGCGACUGAGCCUCGAUCCGUCGAUCAAGGGGCCAUUUCUUCGAUACCAUACAGACAUCCACGAUGGGGGAAGCCUCGUCGUCGACUCUGCCUCUGCGGCUCUUGGUGGCCGCUGCGCUCCUUGCGCACGUGGCGACCACGACGUCCGCGUCCGUGUCGGCGGCGCCAAAGAGCCGGAGCAGGAGCUGCUACGGCCGCCUGUUCAGCUUCGGCGACUCGCUGACCGAUACCGGCAACUUCAUCCACUAUUCCAAUGCACCGGGCUCCGUGUCGCGACCCCCCUACGGUGAAACUUUCUUCGGCCGCCCCACCGGCCGCUGGUCCGACGGCCGCCUCGUCGUUGACUUCAUCGUGGAGAAGCUGGGAUUCCCGUACUGGCCGGCGUACCUGCAGGCGAAGUCGCCAGCGACGAAGGACGAGUUCCGGUACGGCGCCAACUUCGCGGUGGCGAGCGGCACGGCGCUGAGCCAGCAGUUCUUCCAGGACGAACACCUCAACGUCAGCGAGAUCACACCCUACUCCCUCGGCGUCCAGAUCGGCUGGUUCAAGAAGGUGCUCGCCACCAUCGCCUCCACCGACGAGGAGCGGGAGGAGGUGAUGGCGAGGUCGCUGUUCCUGGUGGGAGAGAUCGGCGCGAACGACUACAACCACCCCUUGUUCCAGAACAAGACGAUCGGCUGGGUCCGGCCCCUCGUGCCCUGGGUCGUCAGAUCCAUUGGCUUGUCCAUCGAGGCUCUGAUCGACCUGGGAGCCAAGACCAUCUACGUACCGGGCGUCUUUCCACUUGGCUGCGUUCCGCGAUACCUCUUCUUCUUCCGCGGCAGUGAACCGGGCGAUUACGACUCCGCAGGCUGCCUCAAGUGGCUGAACGACCUCACCAUUCUGCACAACGACAUGCUGAAAGCCAAGAUCGACGAGCUCCGCCGCGACCACCCUGGGAUGUCCAUCACCUACGUCGAACAGUACGACGAGUUCCUCAGCAUCAUCAUCGCGCCGGCGCGGAACGGAUUCGAUGUGGACACGGUGCUGGACGCGUGCUGCGGGGGAGGCGGGCCGCACAACGCCAAUUUCACCAUCCACUGCUCGGAGCCAGGGGCGGUGCAGUGUCCGGACCCGUCGAAGUACGUGUCGUGGGACGGCCUGCACUUGACAGAGGCGAUGUACAAGAUCAUGGCUCGCGGGAUGCUGCUGGACGGUCCGCUCGCCGCGCCACUGCCCACCGAUCAUGGGCCAGAUGCAACCACAGAUUGGCAAUGAAGAUAGAAGUAAUAUGUAGUAAAGCCAUUUGCUUGAGGUCUUCCCGCCGUAUACAUUCAAAGUUAAUGUAAAUUACUGCUAUUAUUACCUCCAUUCUAAAAUAAGCGACCAUGCUA